AUGUGUAGAGGUCAUACUUGGCUUUAUAGGGGUGCUGAUAAUGUAGAGAGUGCCGAUGAUUUGCCGCCAGAUUUACGUCCCGAGGAACAGACAGAUUCUGAUCUUGACGUUGAAAACGACCUACCGACGUUAAAAUCUAUCGUGGGAGAAGAAGGGAUACGCAAAUUAAAACCUAAAGAAAAGAAACGUCAAGAAGUUCUCAAUGAAUUGGUCCAUACAGAACGAGCCCAUGUUCGUAAUCUAAAGAUAUUAGAUAAAUUAUUCUUUCGUCCAAUGGCAGCAGAAACUUCUACCAGUGAUUUAGCCAAACAACUUUUACCUAAUAUUCAUUCAAUGAUUAGACUACAUAGUUCUUUCAAUAAUAGUUUAAAAUCUGUACGUAAAGAGAAUCCUGUUAUAGGUGAAGUAGGAAAUAUAUUUUUAAAACGGUUUGAUGGUGAAGAGGGAGAAACAUUUAAGAAUAAUUGUGCAACAUUUUGCCGUGGUCAAUCUUUCGCUCUCGAUGCUCUUAAAAAACAACAGAGGAAGGAACAACGGUUAUCUCAAUUUCUCAAUGAUGCUGAAAGUAAUCCUCUAUGUCGACGUCUCCAAUUAAAAGAUUUAGUUCCAACUCAAUUUCAACGUUUAACAAAAUACCCAUUAUUAAUAGAAAACCUUCUUAAAUAUACACAAACCAAUACUGAUGAAUAUAGAAAAUUAACUUUAGCACAUCAAAAAACUAAAGAAAUUUUAGCAGAGGUGAAUCAAUCGGUGAAAGAAUUUGAAAAUCAUCAGAGAUUGAAAAUAUUACAAAAGAAAAUGGAAAAGAAGAUUCCUCAAGAUAGUCAAGAAAUUAAACGUAAACAAGUUCAUGAGGACAUGAAGAAUUUAGAUUUGCCUCAACAUAAAUUAGUGUAUGAAGGUGAACUAACAUGGAGACUGAGACCUAAUAGAUUAAUAGACAUGCACGUUAUAUUACUGGAGGACAUAUUGGUUCUACUCCAAAAACAAGACGAAAAACUCAUCUUAAAAUGUCAAAGUUUAAAUGUACAUAACCAAUCUGAUUUAACACAAACUGGCCGAACUGAUGCUGGUAAAGGCUAUACACAUAGUCCAAUAUUAAAAUUACAGAAUCUACUCUCUCGGAAUGUUGCAACUGAUAAAAAAGCAUUUUUUGUGAUAAAUACAUCAGAAGCAGGUCCACAGAUUUAUGAGUUAAUAGCUAACAACCAGACAAGUCGUAAAACAUGGCAUAAUCAUAUUAAUUCCUGGGCUGAAGUCUGCAAGAGUAAGAAAAGUCAGAAGCCAGCAGCAUCUUCAACCCCUGUCAAAUCACAUGCUGGCGUUACAACGCCACAACCUGAAGAAAUAACAGAAAUAAGAAGCAAAAUUACAAGGUAA